AUGGAGGACUACCUAACCACUACUAUAAACUUAUUGAAAUCCAAAAACUAUGUGAACCUAACGAUAGUGCUAGGUAACGAGAGUUGUGACCUAGAUUCAGCGGUGAGCGCGCUAGUGUACGCGUGUUUUCUACACUGGCAGCACCAAAACAUGAAGUGUAAAGUCUGUACUAGGACCAAACGGGAUGACAGCACGUAUAAAGAUGACAUAUUUGUUGCCAUGUUCGAUGUAGAUAGAAGGGACUACGCGCUGAAAACUGAGGUGGCGUAUUGUUUUAAAGAACACGGGAUUAAUGAAAAGCUUCUGCUGUUUCGCGAUGACAUUGACAUAAAGGCCUUGGUCUCAGAAGAACGAACGAGCAUCGUGCUCGUCGACCAUCACGUACUAUCGAGGAAGUUUGAAUUUUUGGCGCCGCACGUGACAGAGAUAAUAGACCACCGGCCCAUAGACAACAGCAACUGGCGGUAUAGGGAUGACGUUCGGUCGACCAUAGAGACGGUCGGCUCGUGUUGCACUCUAGUUUCGCAGAGAAUUCGUGAUCUGUGCGGGCUGAUGGGGAAGGAGGGGUUUUUUCAUGAUUUCGCCGUGUGCACUGAUCUAUUACAUGGCGUAAUAAUAUUGGAUACGGUGAAUUUUUCGAAGGACAUAAAGAAAGCGACGCCGCACGACGAGGUGACUGUUGAAUUUCUGGAGGGUAUUUUGAAGCUGAUAGAUUUCGAAACGGAGAGAAAAUCCAAGUUAGACCGUCUUGUGGCAUCGAGGAGCGACGUCUCAUCGCUAAAUGCUGAGCAGUUACUGAGGAAAGAUCUGAAGAUAGUCGGCGACGUUUUCAUACCCAGUUUUCCAAUUCUAGUUGAGGAAUUUCUAAAGAAGCCUAACGCACUAGAGGCGGUCAACGAAGCCCUAGGACUGCGUGGGUGUUCCUUGGCCUUAUUACUGGGUAUGGAUCUGAAGCUGGGGAUCAGAAGGGAUGGGGCAAUCUUUGGCCCGAGCGAUAAAAGCGACGCUCUACUUAAAUUACUGCAAGAAUGGUCAAGCCCGUGCCUGCAGCUGUCGCCGGAGAGUACGAGCGGCUGGCACUAUUUCAAACAGUUAAAUUUAUCAGCCUCGAGGAAGCAGUACAUAUCGCCAAUUAAUGAAUUUCUGAAGAAUUAUAAGGAAUAACUAACUCACUAACCAAUUAACAACCUGGCUUACUAACUGACUAACUAAUUAAUUAACUAACUAACUCUCUCUAACUAACUCACUAACUCACUAA